AUGAAACAGAGAAACAGACAUGCUCUCACUCACUUAUCGUUCCUGUCAUGUUACAUCACCAAGAAUCUCCAGGUCACCAAACAUUGGGUGUACGCACUACUAGACCCACAGUCAGAUUCCUGCUUUUUAUCAGAAACCACAAUGAAUAAGAUCCUAGCAAGAGGAUCUAUAGUUAAUUUAAAGCUUUCAACGAUGCUAGAUGAGAAGAUAAUUACUAGUAAGAAGAUCGAUGGUCUGGUUGUUAAGGAUAUGGAUGGUGUUACAAAUAUAAAUUUACCAAGUGUUUACACUAGAGAGGUGAUUCCAGCCAGCCACAGCCAGAUACCGAAGCCUGAAACCAUCAGACAAUGGCCUCACUUAAAGAAAGUCGCAGAGAAAUUGUAUCCAUACCAGAGCGAUGCUGAGAUAGGCCUGUUAAUUGGUCUGAACUGUACGCGUGCCUUGAAGCCCAGAGAUGUCAUACCUGGCAACGAGAACGACCCAUAUGCUGUCCAGGCAGCCCUAGGUUGGGGAGUUAUUGGCAUGAUGCACAACCCGAAUGACGACAGCAUGAAUAACUACAACUGCAGACUUGUGAGUGCCGAUGAAAGAAGAUGUCACUUUGCAUACAAAACACAAGCAAAGGAGAUUAACCCAGUUCAGUUAAAAAAGAUGUUCGAAGUUGACUUUAAUGAGAGGAGUUCAGAAGAAAAAGUCUCAAUCGAAGACAAACGAUUCUUGACGAAGGUUAGUGAUGGAAUCCAUCAACGAGAUGACGGGCAUUUUGAAAUUCCCUUGCCAUUUAAGGAUGAUAAUAUCAAUCUGCCAAACAAUAAAAUACUGGCUGUGAAACGAUUAGCAAGGCUAAAAAGUAAGAUGAUAAAGGACUCGCAGUAUAAGGCAGAUUACAUAGCCUUCAUGAACGACAUAGUAGACAAGGGAUUUGCGGAGAAGAUACCUGCUGAUGAAGAUUCUCAAGUAGAAGGUCGUAUAUGGUAUAUUCCCCACCAUGGUGUAUACCAUGCUAAAAAACCUCGAAAGAUAAGAGUAGUCUUUGACUGCAGUGCAGAAUAUCAUGGUGAGGUCCUAAACCAUCAUCUAUUACAAGGACCUGAUUUGACAAACAAUCUCACAGGAGUAUUGUGUCGUUUCCGACAGGAGCCAAUCGCAUUCACUUGCGAUAUAGAAGGGAUGUUUCACCAAGUCGGAGUCGAUUCUAAAGACCGCGACUAUCUGAGAUUUCUCUGGUGGGAACACGGAAAACUAGACCAAGAGCCAAUUGAGUUUAGGAUGACUGUACAUCUUUUCGGAGCCACAUCAUCACCAGGAUGUGCUAACUUUGCCCUGAAGGCAUCAGCCGAUUUGUAUGAAGAUGAGUAUGGUACUGCAGCAGCUGAAUUUGUGAGAAAGGACUUCUACGUAGACGACGGUUUGAAAUCGGUAGCAUCUCCAUCUGAAGCUAUACAUUUGAUAGAAAGUAGUAAACUACUUUGUAAAAGAGGAGGAUUCCGACUCCACAAGUAUAUCUCCAACAGUAAGGAGGUAAUAGAAAGUAUUUCUCCCAGUGAACGAGCCAAGGGUAUACAGAACAUUGACCUUCACUGCAAUGAGCUGCCUAUUGAACGCACCUUGGGAGUUCAGUGGUGUGUAGAAUUGGAUACCUUUCAAUUUCGCAUUGAGUUGAAGGAUAAACCAUUUACUAGACGUGGAAUUCUAUCCACCGUGAGUUCUGUAUUCGAUCCUCUCGGAUUAGUAGCUCCACUUAUACUUACAGGUAAACGGAUACUCCAAGAACUAAUCAGAGAUGGAGCUGACUGGGAUGAUGCAAUUCCAGCUGAUAUCAAAGUAAGAUGGGAACGAUGGAGGGCAGAACUUCUUCUUCUCUCAAAGCUUAAUAUUCCUAGAUGCUAUAAGCCAACAGACUUUGGUAAGUUGAAGAUGGCUGAGCUGCAUCACUUCUGUGAUGCAAGUCAAACCGGUUAA